AUGUGGUCUAUGAAGGUCAUCAUCCUCCUCCUGUUCUGCUAUGCAUGUCUUUCAAGUGACAAUGGAGGAGUGCAUUUUGUCUCCAGGAACUUUAACAACACACUCCACUGGGACGCUGUGAAGCCUGCCUUCCCUGGGGAAGAGGUCCUCUAUAGCGUCCAGUACAGGAGUGAUGCUAUGGAACAGCAAUUCCAGAUAAAAGAGGACUGUCAGAACAUUACUGUUCUGUUCUGUGACCUGACUACAGAAACCCCAUCAGUUCCUGAUGUUCACUAUCAGGCUCAGGUGUAUGUUAAUGGUAACAUCCACGGCAGCACCAUCAGGUUUAAACCUAUAGCAGACACUAUGCUUGGUCCGCCCACCUUGUCUAUAAACACAACAGUGUCAUCCUUAAAUGUUAAUGUCACCCUGCCCUUGGGGCCAAACGGAGUCUCCAUUGCGGACAUCUUCAACACAAGCAAAAAUGGGCCCUCCACAAUUGUAACCCUUUAUAGAUUAUACAUCACUCACCCAAAGUGGGCUGCACAGGACAAUCAAUCCUCAACUGGCCAGUUCGUCAUUAAUUUGAAGAACAACCAAACAAAGUACUGUGGCUAUGUGGUCUAUAUGCCUAAUUUUGAAUGGGGUCGUUCAAAGAGUGAGAAGGCCUCCUUCUGUGUCACAUUGCCAGAUGAUCCUGUGACGGUUGUGCCAUGGCUUCUCGUGAGUGUUGCUCUUCUGGUGGCCAUAGUCAUAAUGUCAGUUGUGUGUAUGUGCAACUAUGUGAAGGGCGGAAAGGAAAAGAGCAUGCCACAACAACUGCAGGCACCCAUAUCCAGCACUUCAGUCAGAAUAAUGCAGUCUCCGGAUGGGAAUAUCAACAUUUCCAAACCAAAGGUCUGUGUUCAAAGUGACCACACAGUUUACGCAACGAUCCAGGUGAAGCCAAAUGUGCGACCAAACGGGGUUGGAGGUUAUUCUCCCCAGGAUGUCCCCUGCCAAUCCUGGCAGGGCAGCAUUGGCUCCUAUGUGGGUAAAGGUGCACGCAGUCCGGUCCCAAAUCCAGAGGACACAAGCGCCCAGUCCUCAGAAAUCUACAGUGUAGUGGCUGUUCAUGUCCCUGCUGAAGAGAAUGAAAAUUUUCACCAGACUACCAUUGAAGACAGAGAAACCAGUAACCUACCAUUGUCUUCCAGGGGAGAAAGCUGGGAUAAAGCUGGAAUGGGUCCAAAGCAAGACUCACAUGAACUACGACCAUUACUCAAUCUGAAGACUUGUGAGAGCAAUCCAGACAGCCCACUGCUAUUAAAAACAGUGCGCAAUACCAACGGACAACUCAUGUUGCCUUUAUUCACCUUUCAGUUACAGAGCAGCACAGGUGACACAGUAUCACCCCUUAACUCAGAGAGAAAGCUCCUUUUAUCUGACCUCAUAGACUCCAACGAGGGGCCAUCGUUGGCAUCCUUGCAGAGCUUAGACAGCUCAGAGUGGUCAGACUCAGGGUGUGAUGAUAGCACUGUAAACACACCAACCCAGCCGUACUGCAAAACGCAUUAUUUCCCUUCUCAACCAGCUGUUCCUGAUUUCCACCUGGGAUGUCAGAACACACCAUCCAAUAAUGCAGUAUUUGAAUCAGGUUACAAACAAAACUGGAUCCCUGAAACCCUUCUUGGAACUACAUACAAGGACAGUUGUGAAUACAGAAAGACAACCUUACCUUGGAUCAUGACUGGUCCUAGAAAGGAGGAGGAAGGUGAGGACGAGGAAAACAGAGGAGGAGAGGAGAGAUCAAGCCAAAUUCAUCUGGGAGGUUGGGUGGUACAAAUUCAAGAAUAAUUCUCCUCUCUCUAGCAUUAAAGACGUUUCAUUGCA